AUGGAUUACGAUAGUGCAAAUACGGACAUGACGUCCAAAGUCUACUCAUUGAUUCGCGAUAAAAAAUAUCAGCAAGCAAUUAAUGUUCUCAGUUAUCAAAAUCAAAUUCAACCUCGUUGUCGACCAACAUUGUCGUUAUUGGCCUAUUGUUAUUAUUAUUCACAAGACUUUACACAAGCCGCUGAUUGUUAUGAACAACUGGUACAAAUUUCACCGGAAAUUGAUGACUAUAAAUUUGCCUUUGGACAAUCACUUUAUAAAUGCGGUCUCAAUGAUGAAGCUCUACGAGUUCUGAAUCAAAUCGAACAACCAGCAUUGAUGAAUAAUGUACGCAAGCUUCAAGCAGCAAUCUGUUAUGCGAAAGAAGAUGUGAAAGCAUGUCAGAGUUACAUUGAUCAAUGUAAUGAUGAUGAUCCCGAUACGGUGAUCAAUACUGGUUGUAUUCUUUAUAAAGAAGGUAAAUUCGAUGAAGCUUUAAAAUGUUUCACAAAAGCACAGCAGUUAACUGGUUAUAACUCAAAAGUAUGGUAUAACAUAGCGCUUUGCUAUUAUGAAUUGAAACAGUAUGGGCAAGCUGUACAGCAUUUGGGCGCAAUUGUUGAGAAGGGCAUUAAAGAUUAUCCGGAAUUGAGUAUUGGAAUGCAAACCGAAGGUAUCGACAUCACAUCAGUUGGUAAUACAAAUACAUUACAAGAAUCCACACUCGUCGAAGCAUUUAAUCUACGCGCCGCCAUUGAAUUUCUACUGAAAAAUUAUACUGCUGCACGAGAGGCUUUGACAGAUAUGCCACCUCGAAAUGUCAGUGAACUAGAUCCUAUUACAUUACAUAAUCUUGCUAUCAUGAAUAUGGAAGAUGAUCCAUCAGGUGGUUUUGCUAAAUUAACAUUUUUGGUUGGAGGAGAAAGCUUUCCACCAGAAACAUUUGUUAAUUUAUGUCUUUUAUACUUGAAAUACGACUAUUACGAUUUGGCGGCUGAUCUUCUAGCAGAGAAUACAGAUAUGACAUUUAAAUAUAUGGAACCGUACAUAUACGAGUUCAUCGAGGCUAAAAUUGUUCAACAAACUGCUCCGGAUGCUGCAUUUAAAAAGUUUGAUGAUUUAGCUGGAACGUUAAUUGAACAAUUACGUCGAUUAGUGAAAGAAGUGCAAGAAAAUCGACGAUCGCAAAAAGAUGAACAAGUUAAGAAGAAAAUUCAGGAAUACGACACGACUUUAGAAAAAUAUGUACCAGUUUUGAUGGCUCAAGCAAAUAUCUACUGGUUACAAGAAAAUUACAAUGCAGUCGAGAAAAUCUUUCGUAAAUCAGUCGAAUUUUGUAACGAUAAUGAAAUAUGGAAACUAAACGUCGCACACGUUCUAUUCAUGCAAGACAAUAAAUAUAAAGAAGCGAUCGGCUUUUAUGAUCCAAUUGUUAGGAAGCAUGAAGACAAUUUGUUAUCCGUCAGUCCCAUUGUUUUGGCGAAUCUCUGUGUCAGUCAUAUAAUGACAAGUCAGAACGAAGAAGCUGAGGAGUUAAUGCGUAAAAUUGAACGUGAAGAAGAUAAAUUACCAUUUGAAACACCGGAUAAUAAGGUUUUUCAUUUAUGUAUCGUCAAUCUUGUUAUUGGAACACUUUACUGUGCAAAGAACAAUUAUGAAUUUGGUAUUGCACGUGUGAUGAAAUCUCUCGAGCCCUAUCAAAAGAAACUCGGAACAGAUACAUGGUUUUACACAAAACGUUGUUUUCUCUCCCUGUUUGAAAAUAUGGCACGUCAUUCCGUAAUUAUUCGUGAUCAAGUUCUCAUGGAGAUGUUGCAUUUUCUUAGUCACUGCGAAAGUUGGGGCCGGGAUGUUAAAGCUAAUUUCGUCUCGCCAUUAACGAAUAAACCAAUACACGCGGGAAAGAAUACAGUCGCAUAUGAAGCACGUUAUUUAAAAACAUUACUUUUAGAUCUAUUGAAAUUAGACGGUUGA